GAGCUCAGUCAUCAUUCGAAACUUCUACCGACAACAUCGACUUGAAACGAAAAACUUAGACAUUUACAAAAUGGGAAACUUAAUGAAAUUCAUAAAGAAAUUUUUCAAAAAAAACAUCUCGGCAAAACAAACCGCAGACAUCAAUGACAUUUCCGGUGACUUAGAACCGGCCUACGUAGAGACCAACUUGCGACGUCAGUACUUGCAGACCAUGGUGGAGAGUCUGCCGCCUUCAGUUCAAAGCAAGUUGGUGAUGAUGAAGAAUAUGCAGCUGGAACGGAUUUAUGACGAGAAGGAAUUCUACGUUCGUGUCUUCGAAAUGGAGGUGGACCAGAAUGAGAGCAACCAGGAGAUGUACCGCAAGCGCAGGGCCAUUAUCGAGGGAACCUGGCAGCCACCGGAUACGGUGCCCAGUUAUAAGGUGCCAGAUCCAUUGGAGCCGAAGGCGGCAGUCUAUUUUCGUGAGGCCCUGGCUAAGUUCAAGUCGGUGCCCCCUGAGACCAGGGGCAUUCCCGAUUUCUGGAUAACCGUGUUCCGCAACACGUGUAUCGCCGGGAUGAUCCAGGAGCAGGAUGUGCCGGCCUUGCGCUUCCUGGUCGAUAUAUCGAUUCAUUAUGGCAAAAAAAAGCCCUCAUUCACGUUAAUGUUCCAUUUUGCCAAGAAUCAUUUUUUUAUGGACCAGUUUCUUACCAAAACGUACUUCCUUAAGAUGGGCAUUGAUAAUAGGAAUCCGUUCUCCUUUGAGGGACCCCAGAUAACCCACUGCAAGGGCUGUGAAAUUUUCUGGGAGCCCAACAUGAAUCUCACCACCGAGGUGCGUCAGAAGAAGCUGCGCCAUCGCGGCGACGGAGAUCAGCGCAUCAUCUACGAGACCUAUCUGUCCGAUUCGUUUUUCAACUUCUUCGAUCCACCGCUGAUGAAGAUGCGCAAAGAUAACUAUAGCGAGAAGCACAAGGCUCUGCGUGCCGAUUUCAAAAUUGCCCAAUAUCUACGCACUAGGAUUAUACCGAAGGCAGUGCUCUAUUUCACUGGCGACAUUGUUGAGGAAAAUUUCGUUCGAGAUGAGGAUGAUACCACCGACGAAUACAGCGACGACGAGAAGAAGGAUGAUGAUUACGAGAAAUACGACUUCUCUGAUGUUAUAAGCGACGAAUCAUCGACGCAGUCGAUGUGAUUCCUAUAUUUAUUACGUUUCACCCGUUUCAUUUUUAAUUUGGUUAAAAAUGUAUAUAUAUUUUGGUACCUGUAUCUAUGAGAUACGAACUCUCAACUGAAAAGCAUUAAAA